AUAAAUCUAUGAUAAAUUGUGUAAAUGAUGCUUCACGUGAUAAAUGAAACAAUUAUUCAACUCUGUAUAGGAAAAAAGGCAUUUGUUCACCGAGCAGUUCACGCAUAGACACGUCGAAGACAGUAUAACAAUUUACAGGAUUUGUUUUAUUCUUUUUUUUGGAAAGGACAAAGUUUUAUAUCAUGUAAGAAUUCAUUCAAGUACCACAUACAAAUCUUUAAUCCUGCAACAGGCGUUAAAUAACCUAAGAGCACGUGAAAUAGGCAUAUGAAAACAAUUUCCUGUGAGACGAAUGGCCGAAUGUUUGUCUCAUAAUAUGAACAAUACACUGGAUUUGCGUCGGUGAAACGUGAGCGCCAAAAACACCGCUGCGGUGGGGGUAAGAUUUAUAAGAAGCCAAGACAAGUUGUGGACGACCCUGGGGAGGGGGGAUAAUAGAGAUUAUUUUCUCAUUUUCAUUGGAAUGCUUAAAGCUCAAUUAAUAGGCUAAACGUCCAGACAGGGACCCUAUACCACAAAGGUAUAGCCUACUGAUCGAGAGAAGUAUAAGCGUCCAUUGGAGUCUGCAGGAGAGAGAGAGAGAGAGUUUGUGAGAGCUUCGUAGGCGCCCCGAAAGUGCUCUGUAGCUAUGAGAAAUGGAUGAACAUAUGAUACGCAUAAAUCUGCGGGGCUUAGGCGCCGCUUAUCACAUCUGAUGCAUUCGCUGGGUAUAACAUAACAGCCAGGUACAUGACCACACAGCCUGAGACGAGCGUGCCGAAACAUCUCAUUUUCCAACCAUACCUACAUAAAUAAUCUAUAUUGUAACCUGACGUCUCCGGUGUGUGUCGUGUUGAGUUAAAAUCCAUAAUUAUUUGCUUUCAUGAGUUAUUGGUAGGAGGACCUUUUUAUUCGUUAGACAUUUUAUAUACUCUUAAUUCAUUUAAGUGACAUUGUUUAUAUAAGGCAGCUUUUGUGAAUCACACGAACAAGAACAAAAAACGCACAGAGAGUAAAACAAACAAAAAAAAAAACGUACCCGUUGUAUUGCACGGUUCAGUUAUUUGUGGGGCAGAACACAACAGAUGCGACCGGAAGGCGGAUGGAGACAAGCUAUGAGGAUGGGAGCCUGAGCCUCUACCAGAGGGAGAAAGGCAACUUCUGCCAGGUGGUCAUUUGUCGGAUAUAUCCUCUGUAAUCGAACCUAACAACAGGGCCCAGCGCGACGACUCACUAUUGUGUAACACAGGCCACGCAAAUAUAAAAAUUCUAUAAGCGUUUUCCUCUUAUAUGCUCUUAGACUGAAAACGUCCGUAAACGAAAAAGAUGACAAGUGAAACUAUUCGAAGGAUUACAUUUUUUUAAAGAAGUUUCAUAUUUUUAUUUGAUCAGUCAUACGACUGGCUUCAAACAUCACCAAUGUAAUAAUUGCUGUAUGUGUCUCAGAAAAUAUUUGGUAGGCCUACCGAAAUGAUUAAUAAAAGACUACAAAAAACAAUUUAAUACUCCUAAUGAGUGCGAGCUGUUUGGCCAGCACGCGCCAGGACCCUGAUCUCUUUAUAAUUACCUGUAAACUUUCAUAUAAGGACGGAGUAGCAACAAGGUGAUCCCUGCAUCAUACAUAACAUAACAAUUAUAUGCAAUAUACAAACACAUAGGAACGUACGUGGAAAUACAUAGUUCUUUACUCAUUGCACUACAGACUAACGUAUUAUCCACAUUUAAUCAGACAAUUAUGCAUGAUAGAUAUAAAGGCCAUUACAAUUGAUUAAUUUGGAACGCUGAAUUAACCGACUGCAAUUAUGGUAAUUGCUUCAAUCAUUAGUUAAUAAUCCAAUUUUUUGAUGGGGUAGGGUUGUUAACUUUUUCCAUUCACGGUGGCAUUAUUGUGACAGUAGCAAAACAUCGAUGGUAAACACAAAUAGAGCAGAGUUCUGAUCGGUGCGCCGCUGUUUAGGCUCCUCUCGCAGGUAUAGAUCUCGACGAAGAUUUCGCGCAGGUGAAAACAACUGCAGUCGGAACCACCAAACCCAAUAGAGACGUCUUUGUGCCGGCUCCGUUGCAAUGAUAGCUGUGGAGGCUCAGCGGAUGUGACAGCCGCCUGAUGACCAGCCCCGGGAUUUCACCUCGUCCUUGAGAGCAACAGAAAUCAACAGAAAAAAAAUACCAACAGCAGACCUUUCCCCCCCUUCUGGUAGUUCCGAUUAGGCUGUUUUCCAAAUAAAACGAGAAGAGGCCGUCGGCGCUGGUGCUGCUGUUCUUGGAUACUGCGCUGAGCUGUGCACAGAUCCGACUGUGGUGCUGGAGGUGCGCUGUGCCAAGACUCACCAGGUACUGCAGGCCGAGUGUGGAGCUGAGGACGAAUGAAGACCGGGGAGCCUGAGGACUGGAUGUCUUCCAAGCGACCAGCCUCUCCAUAUGGGGGAACAGAUGGAGAGGUAGUCAUGGCGACCAGCAGACAGAGAUUGGAAGAUGAGGAGAGUGAUGGACAGCCUGUCAUUCACUUGCCCCUAAACUCCUACAGCAGCAAGGCGUCCCCCCGGUCCCUGGACAGCCCGGCCAGCCUCCACAACUCCACGGAGCACGAGGGCGGCAAGGGGGCGCCACUGAGUCCUUACGCCCAGCACACCUCUUCUACCUCACCCGCCAAGACGGAGGACGGCGGGCGGCCGGGCAGCGAGCCCAACGCCGUGGCGACGACGGCGGGCAUGGCGGGCACGCCCGAGAGGCGCAAGGGCAGCUUGGCGGACGUGGUGGACUCUUUGAAGCAGCGCAAGAUGGAGGAGCUGAUCAAGAAUGAGCCAGAAGGAGCGAGGCAGUGCCCCUUGCUGACUUCACUGCACCUGCAGCCGGUGUGGAUACUGGGUCACCCCAGCAACCCCCCCGCCCCGCCCCUACCCAGUGCGGGCAGCAGGACCCCACCUAAGCCGGGCCUCUACGAUGCCAUGAGGAAGCUUGGUUCCCUGGUGCUGGUGUAG